AUGUCUUCAUUACGGGGAUCUUCUCCCAUGUCGGGGCGUCGGAGGGAAGAAAAGCGGCAGACGCAAACGAAGCGUCUUAUGAUGGCCGGCGCAACCACCUCCGUCAUGCUGAUCCUUGAAGUGGUCGGUGUCGCCGCGGUUCAGUGCAAAUCCAACCAAUCGGCCGAGUCGAGUCUUUCCGGCAGCGGCUCAGCCUCCACGGCGCAGUUCCGCACCACCUCGGCCAUUCAGGCGAUAUGUACACAGACCAACUAUAAGAGCACCUGCGAGUCGACCCUGAAGAAGUACGUCAACGAGAGCUCGGCGCCCAAGGACCUCGUCAGGGCUGCCGUCUUAGCCGUCGUCGACGGGGUCGGCGAGGCCUUCAAUAUCUCUGACUCGAUCCAGUCCGACGAUCUGAAGGAGAAGGGCGCCGAUCGCGGACUGCAAGGAAAUUCACCAAUAUGCACUCUCCCCCACAAAGUCCACGAGCUGAAGAACUGGCUGGGCGGCACGAUGGCCGACCAGCAGACGUGCAUCGACGGCUUCCCUGAAGGGGAGCUGAAGUCUAAGAUGCAGGCAGCGAUGGACUCCGCCAUGGACAUCACCAGCAAUGCUCUGGCUAUAUCCGGGAAGAUAUCCUCCUUCCUCAAUCUCAUUCAAGCCACCGGCUUCAGCCGUCGUCUUCUCGAAGCAGAGCCCGCGGAGCCCGGCCGGUACGUGGACAGUAAUCCUUCAUGGGUGUCCCACGGCGACCGGAAGCUCCUCCAGACUCCAGCCACGCUUCAAUUCACGCCCAAUGUUACAGUCGCCAAGGAUGGAAGUGGAAACUUCACCGCCUUAUCAGAGGCAGUCGUUCAAGUACUGAGGAAAUUUGACGAAAGCCCAAGCUGUACGUCUACCGCCAUCGUCACUUUUACGGCAACUGCCCCAUCAGCGGCACCAUCGACUUCAUCUUCAGCGUCGCCGCCGCUGUCUUCCGGCUUCCUGACCGUGCGCCGUCCACAAGCUCACCAUGGGACCGUCGUCUUCGCCCAGAGCCGCGUCAGAGUAGAAGAGUCCACCGGCUUCAUCAGCCAGAACUGUAGCUUCGUCGCCGUCCCGGCCCUCACCGACGCCACCCCCAAGGUCCGCUGCAUCCUUGGCCGCCCGUGGAAUGCCUUCUCCACCACCAUCAUCAUGGAGUCCAACAUCAGCGGGUUCAUCGACCCCGAAGGAUACAUACCCAUGAACGGCGACAUUGACCUCAACACCUCGUCCUACUUCGAGUUCAACAACAAGGGCCUCGAUGCCGACACCUCGAAGGGCGUGAAGUGGCCGGGUGUGAAGACGAUCAGCUGGGAGCAGGCCAAGGCUUACACCGUCGAAGAAUUCUUUCAUGGACGGGAAUGGAUCCCGAGUUGA